GUAAUAGCCGAUGUCGCUACGGUAUUCGAUACGACAAGGGUCCAACAGGGUGAAGGCCAUCAUUCUCGAAUUGGAAUUGUUACAUAUGGAACAAAAGCCGAGGCGAAGUAUAAAUUGGACGCAUUUAAAUCCAACGAGGAAUUCCUCGAUAAAGUUUGGGAAGUUCAAAAUGCUAAAGACAACUCAUCCGAUCUAAGAGCAGCCUUGAUGUUGACCCAGGAAAUCUUAAAGGAGGGUCGUCCAAAAAACGUGAGAGAAAAUGUGAAACAAGCCAUCAUUAUUUACACCAGUGUCUACAAGGAGGGUCAUUAUGAGGACGCUAGGCAGCUGGCAGAACAGAUUAAGAUUAGUGGAACUGACAUUAUUGUUGUCGCCUUCGAUCAGUAUGGCAAGCCUAAUGCUUUGGAAGAAAUUAGAAAGAUCGCCACGCCAGGAUUCUACUUCUCAAACGUACGUCCCAAUUUGGCGGGUGAGAUUCGACACGCGCUAUGUAUUAUCAAUUGCUUUUGCAAAAAGCAAUGGUUACAAUAUGCCCCCGACACGGUGAAAUAUGGAGUUUGUCUAAGAAUGGGUGGAAUUGACGCCAACUGGGUGUCAGCAAAGCGGGCAUGUAUCAAUAUGGGCCAUGGAAAAGGUUACCUAGCCACUGUUCUCGAUAGGUCAAAGCACGAUUUCGUCGCACAUAUGUUCAAAAAUGACUACAGAAUGGACGCUCCAUAUAUGUACCACAUCGGUCUCUCGUAUGAUUCAGCGACGGAGAACUACUACUGGGAACAGCCUACCGGCACGGAUAAGAUUCCGCUUGGAUGGCAAAACGAACACUGCAGGAGUGUAUCGAAACGCUACAUUUGCCAGGUGGACUCGUGCGAUACCGAUAAUUAUUGUGAACGUGAAAUGCUGGGACGAGGCUAUGCUAGCCCUAUGUUAAUGGAUUAG